AUGCGCGAUGAGGUCACGCUUCGAACGCGCGUCGUCGCCAGCGCUUGCGCCGCGAGCGUCGCCGCCGUCGUCACCAAUCCACUCGACGUCAUCAAGACACAAAUCCAAGCCAACCACGCCGCGCUGGCGCGAAUCAACCGCCUGAACCUCGCGCCGUACAGCGCAAAGUCGUGCCCGACGACGUGCCCGACGACCGGCAGCGCGACGUACAUGUGCGCGCCCGAGUGCGCGCUGCCGACGAAGACGCUGGACGCGGCGCGAACGCUGGCGAGACGCGAGGGCGCGCGAGGGUUCUGGCGAGGCACCGGUGGGGCGCUGUUCGUCGCGCUGCCGGCGGUUGGCAUAUAUUUGCCGUGCUACGACUACGCCCUGCGAUGGUUGAUCGAGAGUGGGGGCGUGGGAGAGAACGCGGCGCCGGCGCUCGCGGGGGCGGCGAGUCGAACGUUGGCGGUGUCGGCGUGCGCGCCGUUAGAGUUGGCCCGCACGCGCGUGUUAGCGACGCGUCGCGGGAGUCCGGGGGUGUAUGGACAGAGCGGGGGACGGGCGUUCGUGGGAGCGCUCAGAGAGAGCGCGGGGGGAAGAGGAGGCGGGAUGUUGGCGGGCGCUCGAAACGCGUGGACGGGCGUCGGGCCGACGCUGGCGAGAGACGUGCCGUACAGUGCGAUGUAUUGGUACGCCGUCGAGCAGUUCCGGUCGAUACUCGGAGGCGACGUCGCGGGACAUCGUCGAGAACGAACGACGCGAGAGUUGGCGGGGAUCAAUUUCGUGAGCGGGUGCGCGGCGGGCGCCGCGGUGGCGGCGCUCACGACGCCUCUGGACGUCGUGAAGACUCGCGUGCAAAUACGCGAUAUCGCGCCAGUAGACUUUGCUUCUUCCACUGAGACCGUUCCGGGUGUAUCUCGUCGUGGGAUCGUGGGUGAACUCGCACACAUCGCGCGCACCGGGGGAGUCGACGCGUUGUUCGCGGGGUGGGGCCCCAGAGCCGCUCGAGCGGCGCCUACGGGUGCGAUCGUCCUGGUUGCGUACGAGGUCGUGAAGACGAUGUGA